CGGACUUCGGCUUUGACAAAGCUCUGCCAUCUACAGCUAAUGGGAAACGAGCACAGAUCAUAGCCUAUUUGUCAAUCCUCAUCCUUUUUACGAGCACUGAAUCCGCGACAUCUAGUCUGUUGGAAUGGCGAGGAGCUGAGAGAUUGAGGAACACUGCGUUGCGGGGACCGGAUUGGCAAAGAAGCAUUUCAUCUUCUUAUGUAAUUGCACGGGUGCAGCGUCUGGAUGAUUAUGUAUACACCACUGGACUUCCAGCAAGAAUGACGAAAUCGUAGUGCUGUGAGGCUGGGAAAGAGGAUUUGCCGAGGACACAAUAUGUUUUUGUUUCCAACAGUGAUGCAAUGGGAAUUCAUAUGAUUGCAUUUAUUGUUUUUCGCAUCUGAGGCGCUAGUUGUUGGCCCGAUGCUCUGAUGCUCCAGUGACCGCUGAAGAAAAAAACGAGGAACGUCUGUCUGUUUCAGAGGAAGUUGCUUGCCAUCAGCCGUGCCAAUGAGCAUCCAGACAAUGGCGGGGCCUAACCAAUCUCAGCAAGAGCAGCAGCAGGUAGAGGAGAAAGCCAAUCAAAUUGAUGAUGCAGAGCUAGCUCUUCAAGGCAUCAAUAUGCUCCUUAACAACGGGUUUAAAGAGAGCGAUGAGCUUUUCAGAAAAUACAGAACCCACAGUCCGCUGAUGAGUUUUGGAGCAAGUUUUGUCAGCUUCCUGAAUGCAAUGAUGACAUUCGAGGAUGAGAAAAUGCAAACAGCAUGUGAUGAUCUGAAGACAACAGAGAAGCUUUGUGAGAGUGAUGUUGGGGUCAUUGAAACCAUCCGUAACAAAAUUAAGAAGAGUGUGGACAGUCAGAGGCCAGAGGUGACUGUGGUGGAUCGUCUGCAGAGGCAGAUCAUUGUGGCUGACUGCCAGGUUUACCUUGCCGUCCUCUCCUUCGUGAAACAGGAACUCUCAGCUUACAUUAAAGGAGGCUGGAUCCUCCGCAAGGCUUGGAAAAUGUUUAACAAGUGCUACAGUGACAUCAAUCAGCUGCAGGAGUCCUGCCGUCAGAAGUCACCCGACCAGCAGGAUGCGCUCUCCUCCGACCAGGCCAAUCACAACAUGCCAGCCGGCGAGACUGAGGGGAUCACGCCGGAGGCCCUCAGCCGCCUGAAGGGAUCCGUCAGCUUUGGCUACGGCCUGUUCCAUCUCUGCAUUUCCAUGGUGCCACCUCAUCUCCUCAAGAUUGUCAACCUGCUGGGUUUCCCCGGUGACCGGCACCAAGGCUUGGCCUCUCUGGCAUAUGCCAGUGAGAGCAAGGAUAUGAAAGCUCCACUGGCAACCUUGGCACUCCUGUGGUACCAUACAGUAGUGCAGCCAUUCUUUGCUGUGGAUGGAUCAGAUUCGCGAGCUGGACUACUGGAGGCAAAGGCUAUACUUCAGAAAAAGUCAGUUGUGUACCCCAACUCCUCUCUCUUUAUCUUCUUCAGAGGAAGAGUGCAGAGGCUUGAGUGUCAGAUCAACUCCGCUCUCACAUCUUUCCAUGAUGCUUUGGACCUCGUCUCAGACCAAAGAGAGAUACAGCAUGUGUGUCUGUAUGAGAUUGGUUGGUGCAGCAUGAUUGAGCUGAACUUUGAGGAUGCUUACAAGGCAUUUGAGCGACUGAAGAAUGAAUCUCGAUGGUCACAAUGCUAUUACGCCUACUUGACUGGAGUGUGUCAGGGGGCCUCUGGAGAUCUGGAGGGGGCCAGAGCCAUCUUCAAAGAUGUGCAAAAGCUGUUUAAACGGAAGAACAAUCAGAUAGAGCAGUUUGCACUCCGAAAGGCUGAAAGGCUUCGAAAAAUAUCUCCAACGAGAGAGCUUUGUAUCCUGGGGGUGGUUGAGGUGCUCUAUCUGUGGAAGGCAUUGCCCAACUGCUCACCCACAAAACUCCAGGUCAUGAGCCAAGUUCUACAAGGCCUGGAGGACCCAUCUAGCUAUGGACUGAGACAUCUGCUCCUUGGUGCCAUACAGAAAUGUCUUGGAAAUAUUAAAGAUGCAGUUCAGUCCUUCCAGUUGGCAGCCAGAGAUGACCUGGGCCGGCAGACUAACUCAUACAUACAACCAUAUUCUGUCUACGAACUCGGGUGCAUGCUGCUCACCAAGCCUGAGACGGUGGGAAAGGGACGGUCAUUGCUUCUUCAGUCAAAGGAUAACUACUCUAAUUAUGAUUUUGAGAACCGACUUCACGUCCGUAUCCAUUCUGCCCUGGCUUCUUUGAAGGAAGUGGUUCCCCAGUGAUGUCACCAGUCUAAGGAAGUUAUUGUUCAGUUCCCACCCCCACCUCUGACCUCUGCACUUUUUUGUCCUUUUUAAACAACAAUUAGUAUCCAUCUGAAUUGACAAUGAUAUACAUUUUACAAAUAACAAAAAAACAUUUUAUUGUUACCUUACAUCAUUUGUAUUCCCGUGAAACUGUUUGUAAUGUUCUUCAGUAAUUACAUCAGUUCAUUCUUUAUCACUUGAGGACCAAGGCUUGGAAAGGGUAUGAUCUGGUGAGCACUCUAUUUUGGUACUGGAGGAUGAUGGGGAAAAAAAUGUAAUGCCAAGUCUAACACCACAUUUCAGGCGUUUUGAGCCAAGGACCGUGGCUCUCUUUUUCUAACUAAUACCUCAUGUGUGUUCCAUCUAAAGGCCUGUGGAAUCCAUCAGCGUCACCCUCGGUCAUCUCCUUUGUCUCACUCCACAUAUUAAGUAUACAUACAUGAGUCUCAGUCGUGCUCUAUAUCAAAGGUUUUAUUUUUUUUCCCUUUUCAAGUCACAUGAGUGAUUUUUAGUUGAAUAACUGCUUACUGGGCAGUAGGGAUUAUACAGUUUACUGCUCUCCAUUUGCAAUUAUAUAGAGCAUAAUAUGUCAUAUUUGCCAAGAAGGUCAUCCCAGAUUACACCCACUUAAUUAUUUGGAUGGAUAUCUUAUAUUUUUCACUGCAUUAUUACCAAGUUGUAUUUUUCAUGAUUUCCUAGAUAACGUCAUCUCUGGUCACCUGGCAGUUGUGUUUGAGCCCAGUGUGACUGGUCUCUUUUGCAAAUCUUCAUAACCAUGUUAGUAUACUUAAAAGUGCUAGGAGCUAGAAUGCCGUACACUUUUCAUUGUAGUUCAAUCUAGUGCUCACUCCCACCAUAUUACACACCUGUAUAACUUAAUAGAUGAAUACUUAAAAGUUUUUUCUUACUGGAGAUAACCAGUGCAUCCUUACAGUAUAUUUGCCUUAAAAUGGCAGCAUCAGUGUUUUUCAGAGUGUCACCACUUGUGUUUUUAACAACUUGAUUUUUUCUUGAUAACUAUAGAUUUUAGCAAACACUCAGAUGGAAUCUGUUGACCAUCAUGCCUAAUCACGGAACCUACAGCAAAUAGAAUUCUCUCAAGUUCUGGCCAUAAGUUCAAGUUAAUCAUUUCAUUACAUGCGCUUUGUCAAAAUGACAGCCAGUUAUUUUCUUUACCUCCAUACUAGUGACAAGUGCAGCUCCCAGAAUUAAAUGCUUGAAGCAGGGUAACAGAAUAUCACAACAAAAUAUGCACUUCGAGGUGUGGGAAAUGAGCAAUAAAAAGAAUACUUAUUUAAAAACCGUGCUGAUUCUGUGGAAGGUUGUUAAGAAAAGCUUUGCUGCACUUUGUUCUCAUGUGUGCUUUAUCUCACUCUCAAUGUACUGUAGCAAGAAUGUUCGUAUUUAAUUUGAUCUAAUACUUGUGUGUAAAUGUGUAUGUGGCUUCCCACCCAAAUGUCAAGUGGAUUGAAAAUAUUGGCGUACUGUUCAUGUGACCAUGUCAUGUCAUGGUAUUGAAUGGAUGGGUGGUCAUCUCACAUAGACACCCAACUUUUAUUCUCCUACAGUGGAGUAGUGCACAACAUCAGUUCAUUGAUGAUGAACCUAUGCUUGACCCUAUGCUUUCAAGUCCCAAGCUUUUGACUGGACACUCAAAAAGUCAUUGAAAUGAGGCUGGGAUUGCCAAAGGUCAUUCUUAUACUCUUGUUUGGCUUCUGACCAGAAGGUAGUGAACAAAAGUGUAUUUAGUGAUGUUCAAGGACUUGAGUUGUGCAUACUCUCCAUGGGUGAUGCACUGCAAAGAGUGGGAAGUCUACAAAGUCUCAGGGGAUGGGAGUUGCUAUGGAAGUGAAAUGGUUAAUUUUUCAGCAGGAACUGGUUUUCCUGCAUGUUGUCUUUUCUCUCCGAAACUGGGUUAGCUGUAACAAUAAAAUACAAUAUUACCAAUGA